UUGAGGAUUAACAUCAGAUAUAUUUUCACGCAUGAAAAAAGUUGCAAAAGCAAAUUAUUUUAUUUAGAGCCGGCGAGAAUUAUUUCUAACUGGCAAAAAUCGUUCUUGGAUUUCAAUAGUCAACCAACAAAUACUUGCAGGAGAAGAAACAAAAUUAUACCCAUCACCUCCAAAAUACGUGACCGUCAUUUGCAGCUUGAACCUCUUUGCUGUGUAUCAUCCUGUCUUGUUCGCUGUGGUUGUACAGCAGUGGCUGUUUUUGAGUACAUAUAUGUCGGUUUGACUUUAAUUGCUAUAAUCUUACGCUUAUUCAAAAAUGGAUGUUUUGUAUUCUGGUCUCCCAUCAAAAUGUCAUAUGACUCAGUUUUGACACAUGCAUAUUUUGCUUAUGUUUUGCUUGGCUAUGAUUUAAUUACUUUAGCAAUGUCAACCGCUUUGCUCCACGCACUUACCAACUUUGACAAGCAAAUCCUCCGCUUGCAUUUAUACUUUGAUUACUUUGCUCUGAUUUUCAACACAGUUCUGCUGCUAAUCCUUCUGCCAGCACUGAUCUUGCAAAAAUCUGAAUUGAGAACUUUCUCUAACACACUGAUGGCUUUUUGUUUACUUAGUCAAAUUCCGUUACAAAUUUGGGCAAUAACUGUUGUACGCUCUUGUCUUCAGUUCUUCGUUCUUGUCCAUGUCUUGGUUCGUUUGGCCGAAAAGUAA